CACAAUUUCCGUAAGCCUAAUGGUAAAUGGCAAGGUUGGACACGGAAUCGCGUGAAUGGCGCUUAGCGGUGGAUGAGAUCUUGGUGAGGCUUGAGAGUAGGAUCGGUCCCAACAAUCGAGCUCGUCCGCCUCCAAUCCAAAGCCUAGUGUAGCCGAUUACUCAGCCGGCCAGUCGGGAGGCACCUGUCAGGCGUCGCCGGCGACCCGAGGAAGCGCUGUUCGCAUGCGGCGCUUGAACCUCUUUGUUUUACUUGUACGGUUCCUCCGCCUGUUUUGCUGAAGAAGUUAGAUUGUUCAUGGAAGAGCAUAAAAAAAUGCAUGAAUCACUCGGAGGGGAUGCCAUGAGUGAGAUUACUAGUCCAUCUGCACAAUCUCACAGUAUUCGCCUGAGCUUAGAUUUGUCUAGACAGAGGAUUUUUUUGAGGACAGCUUCUAUGGGUAGUAUCGGUGUGACAGGAUCCUGGCGGCUUGGCUCUAUCAGACCAAAUCUGAUAAUUGAAGGAAUACCUACCAACGCCAUUACACCAGCAGGAACUGAUGGUGAUCGAACAAGAGCUGUUGAUAUAGAUGAAAAUGAUCUGAGACCUGGUUCACUAUGUAGAAUGAGCACGAGGGGUUCUUGGCAGAGUUCAGUUAGUUUUUCCAGUGAGCAUGGGGACAAAGUCACACUGCCACAGGAAUUGGUGGAUAGAGUAGAUAGUUCAUUAGCUCAAGUGGGAUGUAGAGGGACUAGAAUUGGCGAUAAGGAAAAUGAGGAUGGAUUGUUGGCCUUUGCCGAUGAUGCAUUAAUAUUAUCAUUUGAUUCUCAGUCAAAGGUUGUCAGCUUGCCAUCAAAUGUGACUCCGUUAUCAGAUGAAAUUAUGUCUCCUCUUCCAACUGAUCCAAUGAUGUCCACAAAGGGAAAUAAUCAAAUAUCAUGUACUGAUAAACAAUACAAGCUUCCAUUUUUGCUGGACUACAUUUCAUACUUAAGCCAUUUGUCUGUCUUUGGAAUUCUUUGGGUAUAUACAAGAUAUUUGCUACAAAAGAUUUUUGGGCCUGACCAUUUGAAUCUCACAGGUGAAAAUAAUCCAUUGUACCUCGAUCUGCCCUCCAAUAUGUUGGGUUCCUUCCUGAUGGGGUGGAUCGGAUUUGUGUUCAAGGCAGAUAUUCUCCUCGUGUCCGAUCAUUUGUAGGUAGGAUUAAGCACAGGCUACCUGGGCAGUCUCACCACAUUCAGUGGAUGGAACCAGAAGAUGCUUGAAUCAUCUUCCAAAGGCCACUGGGCCGAUGCAAUUGCCGACAUCAUACUUGGGAUUUUUCUCGUCAACUACAGCAUCAUAUUUGGAAUUGGAUGUGCUGGAAGACUUCGCAAAAGAGUUUUUGGAUGGGGUGAAAUGGUCUAGUAUCAUAUUUGGCACUUGGCUAGGUUAAAUGGUCAAGGUCUAGGAAGGAAACGAAUGCUCAAGUGGCUACCAAUCGGAACACUCCUGGCCAAUGUCCUUGCAGCAUGUAUCAUGGCUGCACUCGUAACAAUUAGCAAAGCGGUAGACACAGACAGAUGCACAAUUAUCAUAAGUGGGAUUCAGUUAGGGUUUCUUGGGUGCUUGAGCACUGUUUCUACUUUUGCUGCUGAGAUUUAUGCUAUGUGGAAGACUGGCCAUGGCUUGAAUGCUUUCAUGUACAUUGCUGCUACCAUCACAAUAUCAUUUUCCCUAGGAACUCUUAUUUACUCAGUUCCUGUAUGGAUCAAAGAUUACAUAUGACAAAUUGUUCCAUAAUCUCAUCCACAAUUGUAGUCGCUGGCUACUUUUGAUUUGAUCCUCAUCUUGCCUCGCCUAUUGUAUAUAUAUUACAUUGCAAUGAACUA